CUCCGUAGCCGAGUGAGGCAGCAUGGCAAUGUUCUUGAGGGCCAGGAAUCGCCACUCGGUCCUGAAACGAUUUCCCAGAGCCAAUGGCUUCCUGGAGGAGAUUCGUCAGGGCACCAUCGAGCGGGAGUGCAUCGAGGAGGUCUGCAGCUAUGAGGAGGUCAAGGAGGUGUUUGAGAACAAGGAGAAGACGAUGGAGUUUUGGAAGGGCUACACCAGCUCUGUCUACUCUGUCAAGGACCCCGGGCACAGCACGGAGCGCUCCGAUGCUAUGUAUGUGGUGGUGCCCCUCUUGGGAGUGGCUCUUCUGAUAGUCAUCGCCCUCUUCAUCAUCUGGAGAUGCCAGCUUCAAAAGGCUACCCGCCACCGCCCUUCCUAUGCCCAGAACCGAUACCUGGCCAGCCGGACGGGACGCAGCCUUCCCAGGGUCAUGGUGUACCGGGAGCGGUCGCAAAGCCAAGGGGAAACCCAGUACCAGCGAGAAGCCAACAACCGGGUGGCUGGAGGAGAUGGCAGAGCUGGGGGCACCCCCCAGCAGGAUGGCACCCUCUACCCACCAGAGCAUUCUGUCUCCGUUCUCUCCAGACUGUCCAGUGCCACCCCUCCACCUUCCUAUGAGGAGGUGACAGGCCACCCAGAGAGCAGCAGUGGCGAAGAGACCAGUGUCUCCUACAAUGACCCACCGCCCAAGUAUGAAGAGAUCGUGGCCACCGCCCCUGCUGCAGGCAAAUAG